GCUAGCUAGCUACCGCAUGCAUGAUGGAUUUAAACGCACCGCAAGAAAAUCGGUAGAUCAGGCGGUCCAGAUCACCAUACCACAGGCGUUUUUACCCUGUCUUAUUUUAACUCCUUAAUCAUAAAUAUUUAUCGUAUCUAGGUGCUUCGACGCAGUGAUAACAAAUAGACCGGCGAUUCAGCUGAUUCCGUUUGCCCCGCAUUCGCUCCGUGUGUCACAGUUAAGCGUCAUUACGUUGAGUGACGCUGGGCGUGUCUUCACUACGAUAACAAGGAAGUGAACCCGAAUGAGUCAAACUGAUGAAACCUGCAGGGAAAUAAGAAUGGACCCAAGAGACAGGAGGAUUCUUCUUAGCAAUCGGUCCAAUCUUGUCUCAAAGUUGGACCCGUCAGUUCUAUAUGAUGGACUGCUGUCCAGAGGGAUCUUUAACCAGGACAUGAUAGAUGAAAUUCAGAUUGCAGGCACCCGUCGGGACCAGGCCAGGAGGCUGGUGCAAGACCUGGAGAUGCGUGGGAGCCGGGCCUUCCCAGCAUUCCUGGAGUGUCUCCUGGAAACCGGACAGGGACACAUAGUGCAGUUCCUGCAGAAUGGGGACUCGCCCAGCCCCCCUGUGCCCCCGCCUGUGCGGCCGAAUGUUCUGCCUGUGCCACUCGUAGAACCAUUCCUGACAGACAAUACCAAGGGUGGUAACAAACCUGACAAAUGUGACUUCACCCCUCUACCAGAUGUCACAAAACCAGAUCCUCUUCCUUCACCAUAUCCAGACAUAUCCCCUAGGCCAAGACCUAGAAGUGACAGCAUCCAGAACUACAAGAUGGAUGCCAACCCAUGUGGGCUCUGCCUGAUCAUAAACAAUGUGGAUUUUGAAACCGAGUCUAAACUGAGUAGUCGUAAGGGGUCAGAUGUAGAUUGCGACCGACUGGAAAGACGAUUCAAGUCCCUCAACUUUGUCGUCACUGUCAAGAAAAACCUCAAACAAAGGCAAAUAAAGCAAGAACUCUCAAGACUCUCAAAGGAAGAUCAUUCAAAAUAUGACUGCUGUGUGGUGAUCAUCCUGUCUCAUGGCACUGAGGCCAGUCACAGCCGUUUCCCUGGGGCCGUGCACGGGGUGGAUGGGCCCUCGGUCCCCAUCCAGAACAUCACCAACUACCUCAACGGCCAGCACUGCCCCACCCUGCAGAGCAAGCCCAAGCUCUUCUUCAUACAGGCCUGCGGGGGAGGUGAAAAGGACACUGGGUUUGAGGUCUCUCCCGAAGAGGUCACGCCCCAGGAAGGGGGUGUGGAUGACCAGACGGAUGCCCUUCCUGUGUCGUCCAGUAGUGACUCUCUCAGCUGUUCAGAUGAGGUCGACGCCCGGGCCACGCUGCCCACACCCAGCGAUAUCCUGGUUUCCUACUCCACCUUCCCAGGGUAUGUGUCUUGGCGAGACACGAUGACGGGCUCCUGGUAUGUGGAAACCAUGGACCGCGUCCUGGAGGAAAACGCUGCGACAAACGACCUGGUCACCAUGCUGACGCUGGUCAACAGCGAGGUCUCCCAAAUUUCUGCAAAAGGCCUCUACAAGCAGAUGCCCGGAUCCUUCAACUUCCUACGCAAACGUUUUUUCUUCCAGACUCCGCCCCAGUGACAGAUUCUGACUCUAUUUGGCUCUGUGACAAUGUUAAGCUAACUUUCACUCAGGGUCCCUAUAAGGACAAUCAUGACUCCACUCCUCUCCCUGUCUGUUCUGUAUGCACUGUGCUGUAUUCAUUUUCAGUGUCCAACUGAACUUGGUCAGAUUGAAUCUUGUAAUUUACAUGGAAACAUGUAUAGUGUUCAAACAAUUUUCAUUUCAGAAACAAUAUCCCUGGUACAAAAGUGUGUUUUUAUCAAAGAAUGUCAUUGUGGAUUAAAAUAUGGAUUGUACUUUUUGCUGUAAUGAAAGGUUGGAGGUUUACUAGAAAAAUGUUGAGCCUCACUUUUGACAAAAAUCCUUGUUUAGCUUAUAAAGAUGGGUGAGUAAGAGGGAGGGGAGAACCACUAAAUAUCAUGUGAGGAAAACUCCUGCUCACGAUUAGCAAUUAACUUUAUUUUCAAAUUAUACGUUAGGCCAUUGUUUUCUGAGCAUUGCAGCUUUUUGCUUUGCAUGUGUUUUGCUUUUGGGGGAAUGAAUGAUCUUUAAGGUGUUUAAGACAUUGCACAGUAAAAUGUUCCAUGUGAAAUUAAGUCUUACAGAGGAUUCUUGGCCUCAUAUACUCCGUAAGAAUUGAAUUGACUGUGGACAUUUUACUGUGUGAAAACAAUCAGCAUUCAUUUCUGGUAGUCACACUAAAUGGAAAAGCUAUUUGCAAUUAGAUGUAUCACAGUUAUGGGACAUAAACUGUGUUUAUGGUACAUUUUGUGCAUUGUGUACUGUAUCAGGCAUGCGCUCUGACUAAACAGAUUUAUAAUGGAAAUGGGUGAAAUGUAUCAUAAGGAAAUUGGUGAAAUGUGUAAUAAGGAAAUGGGUGAAAUUUGUAAUAAGGAAAUCGGGGAUAUGGAUUUAAAUGUUAUUUCACAACUGUUUUUAAACUAAAUCUUCUGUGGCAAUUUUACAUUUUUUUACUGACUUUCUCCAGGUUGGGAAUGUUUUGAUAAAUUAACUGUAAAAGUUCUUGAUUCAGAAUAUUUUUUUAUUGCAUCAUGUUUACAAGAUUGAAUUCCAUUAAUAAAAUUCUGCCAAAGAA